AUGAGUGUGUAUCACGACGAAAUUGAAAUUGAAGACUUUGAAUACGACGAAGAAAAUGAUAUUUAUCACUAUCCAUGUCCUUGCGGUGAUCGUUUCGAGAUUUCAAAGGAGGACUUAUUAGCUGGCGAAGAAGUAGCAACCUGUCCAAGCUGUUCGCUGAUCGUGCGGGUCAUAUACGAUGCCGAAACGUUCAAGUCGGAAUGCGAUGACGAAACGCAAUUGAACGAGAAAGUUAGCGAAUUGACGCUUGAAAAAAAUUAGAAUUACAAUAGCAAAAAGAAAUCAUGUAAAUACUAAUUAUGUUUUAAGGGUACAAUUUGUAAGAAUAAAACAGAACAACAGAACUAAAUGAAACUCAUU